AUGGGUGGCUGCAUGAGUUCAAAUAAGGAGGAGGAAGAGCAGAAGAAGCGGAGCCAGGCUAUCGACAGAGUAUUAGAUGAGGACUCGAAACGUCUCCGGCGAGAAUGCAAAAUCCUCCUGCUGGGAUCCGGAGAGAGCGGCAAGUCAACGAUUGUAAAACAGAUGAAAAUCAUCCACCUCCAGGGGUACUCCGAGGACGAGCUCUACAACUAUCGACCUACAGUAUUCAAAAACCUGGUGGAAUGCGCGAAGGCCGUCAUCAUCGCAAUGGACCAGUUCGAGAUCGAACCCAGUACAGAACCGAUAAAGGAGCAUUGCACGUUCUUGCUCAACUAUUCGAUCGAAUCCGGACCCCAAGCUCACGUUGAACCGGACGUCGCCACAGCAGUCCAGGCUCUUUGGCACGAUCCAUGCAUCGAUCAAUUAAUGGAGCAUGCCACCGAGUUCUAUUUGAUGGACUCAGCCGGAUACUUCUUCGACGAGGCCACCAGGAUAUGCGCCCCUGACUAUCUCCCUAGCGAAAUGGACGUCCUGCGAGCUCGAACAAAGACGACAGGUAUAUACGAAACACGAUUCCAGAUGGGAGCUCUCAGCAUUCACAUGUUCGAUGUUGGAGGCCAGCGUAGUGAACGCAAGAAGUGGAUUCACUGUUUUGAAAACGUCACCUCAAUCAUAUUCUGUGUGGCAUUGAGCGAAUAUGAUCAGGUUCUCCUCGAAGAAAGCAGCCAGAAUCGCAUGAUGGAGAGUCUGCUGCUUUUCGACUCCGUUGUCAACUCUCGUUGGUUCGUGCGUACGAGCAUCAUCCUAUUUCUGAAUAAGGUCGAUAUUUUCAAGGUGAAGUUGCCAAGGUCGCCACUCGGAAACUACUUUCCAGAUUACUCAGGCGGCAACGAUGUCAACAAGGCUGCCAAGUACUUGUUGUGGAGGUUCAAUCAGGUUAACAGAGCUAGUCUAAACCUCUACCCACAUUUGACACAAGCGACCGACACUUCAAAUAUUCGGCUAGUAUUUGCGGCUGUAAAAGAGACGAUUCUCAACAAUGCCUUGAAAGACUCUGGCAUCCUGUAA